CUUGCUAGAGCCCUAAUUUUUUAUUUUGGUCCUGUGUGAUGGGCAUGGAGGAGCGGCGACACCCGAUACCCCCGAUUGUGGCCGAGGAGGUACUCACGCAUCGAUUUCCAGAGGAUGAUCUGAGUUACACCGAGAAGGAUGUGGCGCUCUAUGCGUUAGGCGUCGGCGCGGCGGCGGUAGAUCCGAUUGAUCCCGUGGAGCUUUCCUAUGUCUAUCAUCCGAAUGGCCAGAAGUUUAUCAAGGUUCUUCCCACGUUUUCAGUACUUUUCAAUAACAGGCUUGUGGGAACUUUUGGUGAUAUUCGCGGCCUCAACUUUGAUCCGAAGCUACUGUUGCACGGUGAACAGUAUGUGGAGAUUUACAAACCUCUUCCAACGAGUGCACGGGUUCGUAGCAGCAAACGAAUUUCGGGUCUUCACGACAAAGGGAAAGCCGCGUUAAUUGAAAUGGAACUCUUGCACCGAGACAUCGAUACCGGGGAACUGCUAUGUCUGCAAAGGACUUUGGCAUUUUUACGCGGUGCUGGCGGAUUCUCGGCAGGUCCUGGAAACCCGUUCUCCUUCUCGUCGCGAACAUCGUCGCAGUUUCCAGCCAUCAGUUUCAAUGAGAAAGAAUUCGACGCAACUCCUCCAGACUUCGAGUUUGAAGAUCAAAUCAGGCCGAACCAGGCGUUACUUUACCGUCUUUCAGGAGACAUGAAUCCCUUGCAUUCGGACCCAAAGUUCGCCGCAGAUGCGGGCUUCCAGCGUCCCAUUCUUCAUGGGCUUUGCACGCUCGGCUAUGCCGUGCGAGCUAUAAUUCGGUGCUGCUGCGACGGCGAUCCGACGAGAAUUGCGACGAUCAGCUCCAGGUUCCUGCACCACGUCUAUCCGGGCGAAACGCUCGUAACAUUGAUGAAGAAAGAACAAGGCGAGAGCUCGCAGAUCUCCUUCAAGUGCAAAGUUAAAGAGAGAGGCAAAGUCGUCCUAUCCGGGACAGUGUUCUUGAGAAACAACACCAUACACCACUCUAAACUGUAAUCGUAUCUCUUUUUCUCUAUUUUUGUUCUGUUUACGUAACAAAAGUUUUAAAUUUAAAGAACAUUACAUCUA